AGAUAAGGGAAGUUUCAGAUAAUAAAUGUAUUUAAGCACAUGACACAAAGAAGUCUAAAAGUUUUUAAAAAAGAAAGUUUAGAAGUUCAAAAAUAGUGCUUCAGUGAAUUCUAACAGAAAAAUAAAUUUACUAUUCGCCUCAUGCACGUUAUUGCUUGGUUUUGUGUUUGUGAAGUGGUUUCUUGAACGGAUCAAUCAUGCCGCUGUAUUCGGAGCUCUACCAUAACUACAUCGGCAACACGCCGGUCCUUCCGGCCCCACUUUCGUCGACCAUUCUAUCGUCCAGCAGCUACACGGCCCCAAGUUACGUUGGUAUAUCCCGAGGAUUUCAGAGUCCCGUGAUCGUGGGCCGCAUACCGUCCUUCUCUAGAGGAUACGUCCCAAAGCUGACCCCAAUCACAGAGACUCCACUCACUUCGGCCAGGGUAACGGCUUUGACGCGAGCCAACUCGUCUAAAUAUCAUCCUCACACUUCACCGACCUAUCAGAAGCCACGACGUGUCAUCAACACUGCAGACAUCGAUGUUUCAGCCAGUCGCUAUGUCCGAGAUCACACCCCGAAAAGGUUCCUUCCGUCAUCCCCGACCACUUCAUCCUCUCCUGAUCGGAACAACAACUCCGUGGUGUCUCCUGCACCAGCUCCCAUUUCCUCAACCCCUACAACAACCACUAUGAGUGCUCGCGACCAAGAACUUAUGGAACGUGUCGAACAGCGAAGGCAACAAUCCACUAUCAAUCGCAACCGAGCCGUUGUGCGGCUCAACACACUCCGUGCUCGAAGUAAGUCUCGCGGCAGCCGAGGAAGCACUGAACGCAAGACUCCCCGUCACUCACCAGAACCAGAACCGUCCUACGAAGAAGGUAUGCUACUCUACAAGGAACCGCAACCUAAGACAACGUCUUGGAGGGACCAAUUCCGAGACGAACUUUCACUGCGUCCUAAAAAAUCUGAGCCUAGCAAAAGUCCUGGCGAACUGUUGAUGGAGAAACAUCUGAUCCGCGAGGGCGAGGAGGCCCCAAUUCUACUUGAGCAGAUAAUCGCGGCACCUCCGGUCAUGAUGCGUCGCGGCACUAUUCGUCGUAAAAGCGGUGUUAAAAUUCCCAGCUUCCACGAAAUCUGCGCAGAUAUAAACUCGGAUAAACUGGACGACGAUCUCAAUGCCGGUGAACUUCGGCGGCGAGCUUCCCAAAUUAUUGAAGACGAAAUCGUCCAAUUCCAGCAAGAGCUUCAGAAUUCCAAUGGCAUCCUCAAUGAUGAUCUGGAAGACCGGCUCAAAGAAGCUCUUGAGCAGCAGAUUGUUGAGUCCGUCGUCGAAGUUCCAGAGAAGAAGAAACAGAAAAAAAUCAAGCGAACGCGUACCAAACCACUACCGAAAAUUGAUGUCGACAAUAAUGUAGAGCUAGAUCAGUUGGACACCUCCGGUCUCCCGCUCAAAAUUACCAUCGAUUCCCCCACGAUCGAGAACUCCGCUCCUCCGAAAAUUUUGGCAGAAGUGGAGUCAAUCGAAGAAUGCACAGUUUUCAAACUGCCCAAGAAAAAGAAGCACCCGGAAGAUCAGGAUGUCACUCCUCCUAAGAAAACGAUCAAGAAGGCUACCGCCAAAACCAUUGAACUGGAAUCCGGUUCCCCGGUUCAGAAAAUUGAAGUUCUGAUCAUCGACCUACCGGAAACGAAGGUGGCUUCACUUGAGGAACCCACCCGAAAACUCGAACAACCGCAGCCACCGACAGAUAAAAAGCCAGAGCCACCGGAGAAAAAAUCUCUUAGCGAUCUGGCUGAGAGGAAGAAGAUUUUGGAGCUGCAGAGGAAGAUGGACAAGCUGACGAAGCUCACUGAGCGAAAGCUCCCAACUGAGGUUCUUACGGCUGACGCCGUCACUGCAAAGGAAGAAACCACGAAGACUGAAACUAAGCAGGAUGUUGCGGUUGAGAGUCAUUCUAAGGAGGAGAUCAAACCAAUGGAAAAGACUGAGAUGAAAUCGGAGAAGCAACCUACGAAAGAAAUCGAGAAAAUCGAUCCUUCAAAGCCUGGAAAGCUUACUCUGCAGGAUGCUGCCAAGAUUUCAGAGUCCACGAAGGAUUCGCCGGGAGUCAAAGAUUCGAAGGACUCUCCAAAGCCCGUUCUUAAAAAGUGGGCCAAAGAGACACGUGAAUCUAGUCCUCUUCUUAAGAAGAAUGCUACAGCCAACGACGUCGCAAAGGUGGAAUCAACAGACGAUACAAAGUUACUAAAGCCUGUCGAGAAGAUCACAAAACCGAAGGUGGAAACGAACCAAAAAUUGUCCUCGAUAGAGGAUAAAAUUAGCAAAGAUCUUAUAGUCCCGAAAAAUCUUCCGGGAUCUCCGAAGUUAGCGCUCAAGAAGACUCCGUUGGAAUCGUCGUGUGAAGUCAACGCGAAGACCAAUAAAGAACUAACAGAUUCACCGAAACCACAGGUCAAAGAACAUGUCAGCAAAACAACCAAAGUCGAUGACUUACUGAAAUCAAAAGAGUCUCGAGCAUCGCCAACGCUUCCUCUCAAAAAACUUACCCCAGAUACGCCAGAAGUCAGUCCAACUCCGAAGUCCUCCAACGUAUUCACCGUCCCGGAAAUCCCCGCUUUCAAGAAGCCUGCACUUAAGCAAACUCCCCAAGAUCUGGAUCUCCCAAGUGAUCUCACGCCACCACCAACACCCACAAAACCACUCAAGAAGACGCUCGGAACUGCUCAAGAACCCCCCAAGCCCGCAUCCCCGAAAACCAAAUGUCCUCCGCCAAAACCCGACACAGCCGCCGAAGCUGUUCCGAAAGCAUCCGCUCCGGAACAGCUUCCCAAGGCUGCUUCCACCGUCGCUCCCCCCGCAGAGGUUCCGAAGCCAAAACCCCUUCUCAAACCGGUCAACACGCGCAAGAAAACCACCCAACUUAAUCUACCGCUCUCGCCGGAACAACAACAGGAAGAGGACUUCUGGAGCAACAUCGGAACGCGAGAGACGGUUUCGUUCGCGCGCCGAAAGCAAAACAUCGAGCGGCGGAACCAGAUGGUGCUGCUGAAGUUCGGCGAGCAGCAGGAUGUCGAGGAAGAGGACGAACCGGUCGAGCAGCAGACGACGUCGAAGAAUGUGAGCACCAAGGUGAUGGCGUCACCGCCUGCUGCGGCUGCAGAGAUGCCUCAGUGGCCGAAGCCGGCCGAAGAAGUGGCAGCGGUCGCGCGGAAGGCAUUCGAGGUGACGCCGGUGAAGUUGGAGGACGGCAAGUUGCCUGGGAUGAAGAAAGUACUGAAGCAGCAGGAGACGAAUGUCGCAGUCAAAAAUGAGGGAAAUAAGGCACUGAUAGAAAAAAUCGACACUGUCAGAAAAGAACCAAUUGAUCAGAAAAAAUCCACGGUGGAUAAUUCUAACAAAGAAGAUAAAAAAACACUCCAGACUAAUAACCAACUUGAGGAAUCUAAAAAGGAUUUAAUCGGUAUUAAAAAGACUUCAUCGACAGAAGAUAAAGAACCUCUGAAAGACAUCAAAACACAAAUACAAAAACUCCAGGAACCUAUAAAAUCAAAUUGUCUUGAUGCAAAAGCGAAUACAAUAGUUCAACCUGUGGAAACUACAAAACAGCCAUUGAAGCCCACAAAAGUGGCCGAAAAACUAUUGUCCAGCCCAUCAACAGCUUCAACGGUUGAAUCCAAGGAUUCUUCGAAAGAUUUGCAAAAGACUGAUGAUGUUAAAGAAGAACCUAAAUCAGGACUAAUACUUGGAAAGGCUCAAAAGGCAAAUGAUUCACCGAAGGAACUACCGAAAGCGACCAAAAUAUCAGAAGUGCCACCAAAUAUAGGAAUCGGUGGUUUGAAGAAGACUGAAGUGGUUGAACCCAAGGAAAUGACAAAAGAACCAUCGAAGGUGGAACAGAAGCUCGGUCUAUUCGGUCUAAAGAAGGCUGCUGCACAAAACACUAAAGAACCGAUAAAAGCUAACGGAAUAACUGAAGAAUUACCAAAGACUGGUUUUCUAGGCCUCAAGAAAAAGAUACCAGAUGUGGCAACAAAGGAAUCCUCUCAAGAGCAACAAAAAACUACUGACAGUCCUAACAAGCUCCAACCGUUAUCACCACCGAACUCUCCUAAACAACUUAAAGUUCAGAAUCUAUCCCCUAAGGAGCUAAUCAAAUCCGUAGCACCCACAAUCGCCGCCGAGGCUGAGAAGAAACUGGCACAGGUACAGAAAACCCCUAAGAAACCAUCACCAACCAAGCAGGAAACUCCAUCGCAAGAUCCCACCGUCAAACCGGAAGCCACCCCGAAAGGGAAACAACAAUCUGAGCCGCAGCCGGCCGUUGAUCCCAAACCAUCGGAAGCCGAACCCAAAAAGACGAAGAUCGUGAAAAAAGUGAUAAAGGUGGUGAAAUCGAAGUCACCGCCGCUGCAACCGGAUGCCGCCAAGGUCGAAGAAGCCGAGAAACGCCGGCUGGCGCAGGAAAACGCCGAAAAAAUUAAAGCCAAAGUGAACCAAAUUACGCUCAAUAUGGGCGCGAAGCUUGAGGUGGAGAUAAAGGACUGCGCCAAGUGCCAACAAGACACACCACCGCCCGCCGAUUCGCCAAAGCUUCCGGUAAACAAACAAACUGCGACGACGGCGGCGGCGGCUACGACGAAGAAGCCAUCAACCGCCGACGACGGACCGAAGGCGGAAGAACUCGCGUUGACGAAGAAUAAAUUUGGCGUCGUGUCCAAUUUAAGUGAUCUAUCGACGGUGCCCGCCAGUGAUCAAUCAGUCAAGAAACAGGUGUCGAAGGGUGCGGAUCGAAAACCGAGCAAAAAGCAAGUGACCAGACGGUACUCUUCCAGCAGCAGUAGCGAGGAAGACGAGGAAGAUCGAACCGGUUCGGAGACAUCGUUUUCAGGUAUCGAGGACGACUGGUCAUCGGAGGAGGAGGAAAUGGCCAACGAUAAGCCGGAGAAGAAGAAGUUCGACCCGCAGAAGCGCGUCAAGCUGAGCUUCGAGCAGAUGCGCAAAUGCUACUCCAAGGAGGAGAAAUGUCCGAUCGUGUUGGUGGCACGUCCGAGGCCUCUGUGGAAGGUGAAGCGGCACGGACACAGGCACAACCGCCAUGCGGACCUCACCAGCAGCAGCAGCAGUGGCAGCGAGGACGAAUCCGGCUCCGCCACUGACCAGACCUCAUCGGGGACUGCGUCUACGGUGGACGCUUCGUCCGAUCUGGGCACCGACAGCAGCGUCAACAGCAGCCGCGGACACAACAGCAAGAAGAAGCAUGAGAAAUCCGGCAGCAAAACCAGUGACGUGGGCAGUGAUAUCUAUGACAAUCCGAUGGUGAUCCCGUUGCAUUCGGAGCCCAAGGGGGGCUCCACGAUCAGCCGGGAUGAGAACAACAACGACAGUGUCCAGCUCCCGAACGACGAGGACGGCGAGAAUGAUAAGAACAUUGGGAACCACGAGGUUCGCAGCACCAGCACCAGCAGCCACGAUUCGGGCUUCUACGGCGGUGGAACGGCACCGAUCAGCCCUAAGAAAGCCAUGGAAACCUCCUACACGUAUGCACAAUUUCAGAAGACGGGUAAACUCACAGCUCCGGCAACGGUGAUACCCCGUUUUAGGAAAUACAACGUUGAUGAUUUCCAUUUUUUGACUGUGUUAGGAAAAGGUAGUUUUGGAAAGGUAUUUUUAGCUGAGCUAAGGAACACAGAGUACUAUUACGCGGUGAAGUGCCUGAAGAAGGACGUCGUUCUGGAGGAUGACGACGUGGACUGCACGCUGAUCGAGCGGAAGGUUUUGGCACUGGGCACGAAGCAUCCCUUCCUGUGCCACCUGUUUUGCACGUUUCAAACAGAUAGCCAUUUAUUCUUUGUCAUGGAGUACCUGAACGGGGGAGAUUUGAUGUUCCACAUACAGCAGAGCGGACGGUUCCAGGAAGCGCGGGCAAAAUUCUACGCUGCCGAAAUCGUUUCCGGACUCAAGUUUCUGCAUCGAAAGGGCAUUGUCUAUCGUGAUCUUAAGCUGGACAACGUACUGCUGGACUAUGACGGUCAUGUGCGGAUAGCGGACUUUGGCAUGUGCAAGCUGGAGAUCUACCUGGACCGGUUGGCGGACAGUUUCUGCGGCACACCGGAUUAUAUGGCGCCUGAAAUCAUCAAAGGUCAGAAAUACAACCAAGCCGUCGAUUGGUGGUCGUUCGGUGUGCUGGUGUACGAGAUGCUCGUCGGCCAGUCACCCUUCAGUGGUUGUGACGAGGACGAGCUGUUCUGGUCGAUCUGCAACGAGAUUCCAUGGUUUCCACACUUCCUGUCGAAGGAGGCCCUCAAGCUGCUGCAGUCGCUCCUGGAGAAGGACGCCACGAUACGGUUAGGUUGCUUCAACACGAUGGACGAAGACGGCGACAUCAAGUAUCACCCGUUCUUCGAAACCAUUGACUGGCAGAAGCUGGAGAGACGAGGGAUGGAGCCACCGUUCAAGCCGCAAGUGCGACAUCCUCUGGACACGCAGUAUUUCGACAAGCAGUUCACACGCGAGAGGGCGCGCCUGACGCCGAUCGAUCGUAACAUUCUGGCCUCGAUGAACCAGACACAGUUUGAGGGCUUCACCUAUACCAACCCAAACAACACUCUAACGAAAUUGCGGAAAAAGAAAGCGAAGAAGGAGAAGAAACUGUAUUUCUGUCCUCAAUGUGGUGAUAUUAAAGUAACGUACAAUGUAUUCUAGUAGACAAGAUAAGAAAACAGAAUAGAAGAACGCUUUUUUUCUGUAUCGUCGUUUUAGAGUUAGCCACAGAAUUUGUUAUAUUUUUCAAAGUCCUUAGAUUUAUUAUUAUUGAUGAAUAUGAUUUGUACAAAUAUAUAAAAAAAAAACAAUUAAAAACUUUUCUAGAAAUUUUGUUAUUUUUGCACUUGAUCAAAAUGACAAUAACUGACAGCAAAACGUUGACUUUUUUGACACCACAUUUUAUUCCUAAUAAUUUGAUAAACAGCAUUUCCGAGAAAGUGGGAAUACGGUUUGUAUUUGUCGAUAAUAAACAGUUGAGCAAACUCCUCCAUCGAAACAUUCAGGUGACUGACGCAUGACUGAAGUUAUUGUCUGUAACUGUAUGUGAACUGUCCAUCUAAAAAAGGUAAAAAUAUUAAUGUUAACAAUUGCAAUUUCUAUAUUCACAACAAAUUACAACACUACUACUACACGAUCACCACAGGACCCACGAAAUGACGUACCACCCGAUUCGACAAGCGGCGAUAGCCGCAAGUAAAGUCUACCACGGAUUCCGUAGACCAUACUACUACUGAUAAGAGGGUGACACACGUUUCCAAUAACAAUAGAUGGUGUUGUUGUUGUUGUUUUUUUUUUCUUUUGACAUGUUCUACGGCCGAAACAAAACUGAACGCGCUAGUAUCCAACAAUUUUUUUGUUUUUCGUCAAAAACAAUACCGUUUUUGAUUUUUGUUGAACGGAUUCCCCCCCUCUGUAAAUGUACCUUUAUCGUUGUAAACAAGGAAAACACAAGAAUGAUAGUUGAAACAGCAAACGAAUGACUCUCUUAUUUGUAGGUUAAGGUUGAUUGUUUAUAUUGGGAAAAGGCGAACAAUGAACUUGAUAUAUUUUGUGCGUGUUGUUGUCACAAUGUGAGAUUAUUGCGGUGCAAUCUCUAGAAUGGAACAAAAACUAGUUGGAAAACUUCAUUUAUCUAUUGAAUGAUGCUAUCGAAUGUAUGUACCUACUAUAUUGGAGAGGAGAAUAAGAAGGAAUAAAACAAAAAUUUAUUAAAAAUA